AUGGAAACCUCUCCUCGGAGAAGUGUGUGCGAUAGCAAAGCAGUGAUUCUGAGAUCUGAGCAAGAGCGCGUACAGAAAAAAACUUUCACCAACUGGCUGAACACAUACUUGUCCAAUUCCGAUCCUCCCAUCGUUGUGAAGGAUCUGUUUGUAGAUAUCAGAGAUGGCGUGGCCUUGAUACGCAUUUUGGAGGUGUUGUCAAAGCAGAAGUUGCACACAGAAGUGAGACCAAAAAUGCAGCGGGUACAUUACCUGGCCAACAUUAAAACAGCUUUGGAGUUCUUGAAAUCACGAAACAUAAAACUGGUCAACAUCAAUCCCACCGACAUUGCAGAUGGCAAACCGGCAAUUGUACUUGGUCUGAUUUGGAGUAUAAUCCUAUACUUCCAAAUUGAAGAACAAGAAGAAAUACUGCUCAGAAUACUUGGACUUCCUCCUGGAGCCACUCGGACAAAGGGCACUGCGAAGGAUAUUUUAAAAACUUGGGUUGAAGAUAUUUUUGCCGGGAAUUAUGACGUGAAAGUUCGUGACUUCGGACCGAGCUGGAGGGACGGAAUUGCGUUCAAUGCCAUGGUACACAACAUUGACUCAAGUCUAGUGAAAAUGGAUGAGUUAAUACAUCGAACACCUAAGGAGAACCUGGAGUAUGCGUUCAGCCAAGCCGAGACAUACUUGGGAAUUCCGAAGCUUCUCGAUCCUGAAGAUGUCGACGUCGAGAGGCCGGACGAAAAGUCAAUUAUGACCUACGUCGCUCAGUUUUUUAAGGCUUACCCCGAAGCUGGUAAACAAAAGCAAAAGAAUGAGACAGCCGACUCCGCAAAGCCGAAAACGAUGAAAGAGCUCAUUGAAAAAAUGCGAUCAGUAGAGAAGGACAUAGAAGUGAAGCGAAAUGGACAAGGCAAUGCAGUUGAUCGGCAAUUUGGUGCUUAUCUGAAAGUAACGGACCAACUGAAUGAAUAUGAAGAUGAUUUAGAAAAUUUCCGAAAGCAAUCUGCAGCAGAGGACACCGAACUGAUAGUUGCUGAAGAAGCAUGGCUGGACCUGAACGAAGCUGUGGACGAAUGGAAGUGGCACCUUGACUCUCUCCUCCCGGAUGAAACGGGCACUGUAGCCGAAUGGAUAUCUAGAGCAGAGAGAUAUCUGAAGUCAGUUUCAAAGUCAUGGCAUUUGAAGGGCAGAGCAGCCCAAAAACUGGGUGUAUCAGGAAGCCCCACGGAGUCUUGGAGACCAAGCAGUGCCAAUCCACCAAAUUCCCCACCCUCUAUUACCACGCUAGAAGAAUUGGUUAGACAGCAACAGGACAUUUUCGGUUCAAACGAUCACAAGGCUAAUUCUGUAAAGAAUACGUUGAAUAAGAUUGUGGAGAAUCAAGGGACACUGGAAAAGAACGUGCGUUUACCCACUGAGCUUCUGACACAUUUGAGUAAACGCCUAUCUGAAGUGACCUCUAUGCGACCUGGCUACAUGGCAACCUUGGAGGCGGCAAGGGCACGGCGACAGUUCCUGGAUAUUCUAUAUGCAACGCGCAUCACACAGACUGAAUCUGGGUUUACCAUACAAGGUAGACGAAAGGCAUCCGCGACUGGGCUCGAACAUCGUUUGGAUGAAUGGUGCACAGUGAUUACGGGAUCCAGCCCUGAGGAUUGCAAAGAUCUGGUGGAAGAAUCAUUGCUUGACUACGAGAAAUGCAUUUCUCUGGAGAAAGCGCCAGAAAAGCUUGAACUAGCCCAACGUGAGCUACAAAAGCAUUAUGGGCUGAUGUCGAAGUUAAACGAUCUGGACCCGCAGUUGUUACCACGUGACGCAGUUGCCAUUGUCAGCAGCUGGAUUGAUGACGGUGAGAACAGAUGGAAUGAGGCCAAACGGAAGAGAGUGGAAAAAGUUGGAUCCUCCCUCAAGAGUCGUUUGGAGGCCUGGGAUACGCUGGCAACUUAUACUGAAAAGACAGAGCGUUGGCUGGCUCAUGCUGACCGCAUGAUAGCAGCUCAGACGAUUCCUGGAGAUUACGGAGAUGUGCAGAAGUGGCUGGAGGAGGUACAAAAAGCGGCACAAUUUCUUGGCAGUGUUAGCGGACUGCAACAGUAUGAAUUACUCUCAGACCGGUUAAAACAAGUAAGCGAAAAGAUUGAGGGAAUAAGAAAGGCAGAGGCACAGAAGUUAGAAGAAGCUCGUAUGAAUGAGAGUGCAAAAGCUGAAGAAGCGUUCAAGGCACAUAUUGAUCAAGUACAGAAGUGGAUUAAACAGGUGGAAAUUGCCAUGCGCCCUACAGAAUCCGAGGAGCUCCCUAGGAAUUUGAGUUGCUCAACAGAAAGUCUGAAUUGGAUCCAACAGAGACUGGAACAGGCCAUGAAUCAUCAAGCUGAGAUGGAAAACCUUGUUGAACAGACCGCACAGCUGGUGAAAAGUUCUCCUUUAGCAGCAACCAGAGAAGAAAAUGAAAGGAACGUCCGCAACACACAAUGCCGAAUGGAUUCACUUUGUUCGGAUACUCGCAAACUGAUGUCUGACUUAACCGAUUUAAACGGAAGAGUUGGGCAAAUCGAAAGCACUUUGGAGCAGUUGGAUCCCAAAGUAGAUCAGGUCAAGAAAUGGACAGAGAACAUCUCUUCUCAACGUGAGAAAAAUUAUCCCCGAAUGCAUUCAGAAAUAGCACGGUUACGUCGUAACCUAUGCACCUGUUCUGGCGAUGUGGAUGCGUUGGACGGUUUGAUGAAAGAUGGACGUUUCUGCACCAUCUCUCAAACGUUUAAACUGGACCUAAUACCAUUGAAAAAGAAGUUGCAGGUCAUGCAGGAAAACUUACUGAAUGCCGAAACCGCGAUCAACAGUGGUGUCAGCCGGUUGACUGAGUGGGAUAUCAUGUUUGAACAGGCUGUGAACGAGUUGCGCGCGAGUGAAAACAACCUCAAAAGAAUACCGGAAGCAAAUGAAACAAAAAACCUGCAUGAGGUCUCCCGGCUGCUGAAACUAACGCAGAAUCUUCUCGACAAGCUGCAAGGUAUCAAAGUGAAUAUUCUUCAGCCAUUUAUAUCAAAAACGGAAGCACUGGUGCAACCGUCACCCGAUUAUCAGUUCGAUGCCAAUACGCUGGCUGCAAUCAAACCAAAAAAUGCCGAAACCGCGAUCAACAGUGCUGUCAGCCGGUUGACUGAGUGGGAUAUCAUGUUUGAACAGGCUGUGAAUGAGUUGCGCGCGAGUGAAAACAGCCUCAAAAGAAUACCGGAAGCAAAUGGAACGAAGAACCUGCAUGAGGCCUCCCGGCUGCUGAAACUAACUCAGAAUCUUCUCGACAAGCUGCAAGGUAUCAAAGUGAAUAUUCUUCAGCCAUUUAUAUCAAAAACGGAAGCACUGGUGCAACCGUCACCCGAUUAUCAGUUCGAUGCCAAUACGCUGGCUGCAAUCAAACCAAAAGCGGAAGAGCUUGGUGAAAGGUUUCAGGACCAUGAAGAAAAGGUUAUUCAGAUGCAGUCACAUUUACAGAACCUGUUGGAAAGGCUAAAACAGUCUGGCGAAGAAGCAGAGAGAGCAAGCGAGUGGCUGGCGGCACAAGAACGAAGACUGAACAUCUUGGGUUCCGGUCCGUCCACCUUGAACACACUCACUGAUAUGACAACCCAGCAUGAUGGAAUCCGGCUCCAGAUAGAUUUAUAUACACAAUGGGCCGAGCAGUUUCAGAAUUUUGUUGGGACGUUUGAAAUGGAAGCCAGACCAUUUUUGAAGCUGUUUCAUCAAGAUGAAAUGGGUGGUGCUGAUGUUACAAACCUGGUUUCCGAUGAAGGACUCUCCCUUGCAAAAAAAUUCCGAGCUAUCGAAGAAAAUGUUAAACAAGGUCUGGCUGAUGCGAAGCGACAGCUUGAUGAUCUGGAAGAACUCGGAAAGACUAUGGAAGGUGCGCAAGAAUGGCUUGACAAGGUUCAGACUCAGUAUUCAUCACUACCAGACAUUCCCGAGCUGCCUGAUCACUUGGAUAACGAAACAGGCAAAUCAGAACGAUGUCGCUCCCUGGAACAGCUACUGGAGGAACUCUCCAGCGGAGAUUUACAUGUCAAGACAAUAAAGCAUGUAAUCGACCAUAUUUCAGAGGCCCGUACAAAGUACGAUAUGACAACUCCUAUCAUGGUUGCACGUCGUGAACUCUCUGUUUACCAAACAGAUCUCGGAAGACUCCAAAGGAAGAUAGAAGCCGAGCUGAAAGAGGCUGAAUCAGCACACAGUCGUUUUGAGAAACUGAAGACGGAAAUUCAAAAGGAAGAGACAUGGCUUUCGGAAGUACAGAAAGGAUUACCCACAACCACUGACAGUUUGAACCAACAGGAUGGUGAAGGAAAAUCCAUAUCCGCCCUCAAGUCACAGUGUAGAUCAGAAAUUUACAAGAUUCGUAAGUUGAUCGGAAAGCUGAAUUCCCAUGGAAAGAACGCUUACCAAAGAAUUUUGGAAAAGCUGAAUCAGUUGAAACAUCAAGGACUGAGGGAGCGUCUUCAGAAUUGGUACGAGAAAUUGGAGGAACUGCUGGAAUACUUGUCCCGAAUGCUUGAGUCGUGGACUGCAUUCGAUAAUUCAUUGACUGAAGUCGAUGCUCAAGCGAAUGAUGUCGCUUCCACGCUGGCGGAUGUAGAACGCCAGAGAGUCCAAGUGCUUAAUACAACCGAGGAUGCCUUUGAUAAAAGCAAAGACACAGUUGUUGAUGCCCUCAAACAUGUUCAGUACAAGCUAAAUGUGCUACUAUCGAAACGACAAGAUAUUGAAGACAAAUACGAACGUCUCGUUACAGGCUGCCUAGCGAUUCAUUUCACUCCCUCAGAUGUAAUCAAGAUCGGCGAGCAAUUCAAGGAUUUGUUUAUUAAGCUACAACAUGAUUGUGAGCAGCAGAGUGAGCAUUGUGAGGUGGCUGAACGCUUGUUUAUGCAAAUGGGUCAGCUAAGCAUGAUGAUAGACAACAUCAAGGAGACCGGACAGUUCCGUGUUCCAGUAGUGCAAGAAGCGCUGGGAACUGAAAGAACACUCGAGAGACUUGUGGAAAUUUACAGAAAUCAGCUUCAUAAUUUGCAACAGUCACUCAACGAUCCAAGCGACGAUAAUAGACUACAGAUCCCCCUCGCAUCUUUAAACUCCAAACGAAAUGAGCUGGAAAGAGUGGUUAAUGAGUUGGCAGACAAGAUUUCCCCCUUAGAUGGAUUGUUGUGGUCAAACUGGGUCCAAUGGAAGAUGCGUAUAGAUCAAAUCUACUCAUUCAUGCAGACAAAUAUGAAUACUUUGGAGAAACUUGUUCGAAAGUUGGAAACGGCUGCUAAUUGUGAGCGCGAGCUUGAUUCGCUGCUUAUCCCCAUUGAGAAGGAAUAUGAAGAGCUAAAGCAACUUCCAAAGGUGGAGUCUAUUGAUAUUUUGAAUAAGUGCACACUAGUCCUAAACAGUCGGUUGGAAUCGGAUGCGGAAUUAGCGAGAAAUACUUUGGAAGGGGCAUUGGAAGAAGUCGUGAGAACGAUUAUGCAACUAAAACCUGGCAAUUUAGAGUUGGAUCUACAAGAGUUAAUCACACCACUGACUUUGAUUGGAAGUUCUUAUCAAUGUAGAAUUGAGGAUUUACAGACGAAGCUGUCUCAGUUAUGCACGGACCAGUCACACCUAGCUGAGUCAGAAAUGGUUUUGCGCAACAGGUUGGGUGAAGCCAUCAAGAUGUUUAGUGAUCUUGUGUCAGAAAGUGGUUCUUAUGAAGCCCACAUUUGUCACAUAGUUAAAUUGGAUGAGUUAACCCAAGCGGAAGCAGAAUUACUUAGCUUGAGUUCAAAAUUAUCCAAAUUGCUGGACCGAUGCCAAAAUCUGAAGGAUGACGCAACCAAAUGUGCCAUACUGGGCUCCGACAUGACAGCACUUUUGGACCGGCUGAGUGCGGCACAAAUUGAGGCCGAAAAUUCAGUCGAUGCAUGUAGAGAAUUUUAUCAACAAUGCCAGUUGGCGUUAACUCAGAUUGAGGAAGACCUCAGGGAAUGCUGGAAAGCCUUGUGUCUAAUAAAAUUUCGCAUUACACGUUUAGUUGAGUUCUCCGGUGAAACUGCGGCAGGCAGUCAAUCAUUGGUGCCAGGAGAUAUUAUUUCUGAAGGCGCUGAUGAAAUGAUGUGCUUAUUGGAAGAAGUUAGGCUGGCGCAUGAACUGAUGAAGAGGCGGCAACUUAGCAUUUCGGACGGCGGGGAACGUGCAAGUUUUUCCCCCUUGGUGCAGUCCGUCCGUGGACUCGUGCAGGAUUCGGCAAAUCAUAAGCUUAUAAACGAGAGACAUGAGUGGAUCAAACUCAUGCAAGAAAUGCAGCUUCAGGAGAAUUACCUGACUGAAGUAAUGGAACAGCACAGUCGUGUUAAGCGAAAAUUUGAUGAGUGGGAUGGUCGGAUGUCGGAAGUCGAGAGAGCACUGACUACCCUGCAACAACAAUUUAUUGGAAUUGCGGAUGACGACGAUGUUGAUCUGAUGAGCUCACUAAACAGUUGUGUUGCACAAAAUUCACUCAAAGAAAUUUCCUUUAUCCAAGAACAAAAGCUACCUGAACUGGCAGAAUGUCUGGAAGUUCUCAAGAACGACGUAAAAGACUUUGCUGCGAGCGAAAGAAUAGCGUGCAUACGGAUGUUUGUCGAUAAAAAGAAAACAUCUCAAAGGUUGGAAAAGGCCGAGUUACAGUAUGCUUGGUUAGAACGAAUAACAGGACACUUGUUAGACAUACAGAAUCGCAAACUAAUGGAAACUGGAGAGCUGAAGGAUAACGUGCGUGACGCGAUACAAUGGACGAAUGCGUUCCAGCAGGAAGUCACUGAGUUUGAAGAAAUGCUUCCAACAUUGACGAAUAUGCAAUCAGCCGCUUUACCCACGUCUGAAUCGGUGACCAAAAGUAUGACUAAAAUGGACUAUCUAGAGAACAAGCGAGUCUAUGCAGAAAACUUGCUCAACGGACUUAUAGAGCGUAUGCAAAGAAGCGAUGAUACCUCAACUCGCUCUCAAAUUCCACAGCUCAGAAAAAUGUUAAGACAGAUAAGUACAAAAAUUGGGUAUAUUUCUAAUGAAUUAGCCAAAGCACAACAUCGUAUUAAAGCCUUUAACUUUCGAUUACAACAAGACAAGUUAGCAGUACAUCAAUUUGGAGAAAAAGUGAACAGGCUUAAAGAUGAAGAGAGUGCCACCGAGGUCGUGUUCAAAUCAGACUCAUCAGUAAUAUGCGGGAAGAAGGAGGAGUGCAAAUGGGCUGAUUUGAUCAAAGAGAUGGAAGUCUACACAAGUACUCAACUUGGGCGUUUAGAUACAAAUGAACCUGAAUCUGUGUUUGUUAGUUCCUCGCCUGCAUUAGUAAAGCUGAGGGAAGAAUUGGGCUGUCUGCUUGAGGAGGCUCGUAAGAAGCUGGAACUAAACCACAGAUUCAACCAGUCCUCGGAGGAAAGUAACAAGGCUAUGAGGGCUUUUGAAGGUUCAUUAGCACAAGCUUUAGCAGAGUACGGAAGAAUUACCGGAAACCUGUGUCUGGACUCAAUCGAUACCCCUGUCUCCACUUCGAGUGUUUCUCCUAGCAGUUUGUGCGAACACAUUCAAUCGGUCACAGAAGUAACUAAGAAACAGCUUGAAUGCUUCCAGUGCAACACACUCAGUGAAGCACAGCGCUCAUUGCAACAAGCACUUGCUCAACUUGAGCUUUUAAACUUGGGUGAACAAACAAAACAGUUUUUAUCCCAUACUAAGUUCAAGCAACUGCAGGAGGAUACUAUGGAGCUUCACCGCCAGUUAGAAGAUCUUUCAUCUACCUUGAAUAAACUGAAGCUGGAGUGGGAAAGAAGGGAAACAAGCUUGGAUAAUUUGGAGCGUGAGUUGCUCACAUGGCAACCAGUACUGAGCCGUGAACGGAAAAGCCCGCGGUUGAGCUUCACCUAUCCCUCAGUGACAGAAGAGAUAUCCACACUCUCAAAUGAGGAUGAGAUAACAGAAGAAGCAAAGUUGAAUCGGUCUCGACUCCUUGAAAUACAGCUGAGUUAUCAAAGGGAGCUUGAAGAACUCCAUAGGCUACACAAACAUCUGACAGAGGACAAGGCUGAAUCGCAGAAUCUUGGUAAUCGAUUUGGGCGGAUUAUACGGCGUAUGCUCUCUUUAGUAGUGCCAGGUGAAAUACGUGAGUCGGAUCCGGUUGCACAAGAUUAUGUUAGACCUGCUGGUGUUGCCUCUAUUUGUACGCACAUUGAAGCAUUCCUUGGAAAAUAUCAGAACUCAUUUGCUCGGGUGGGUGAACUGCUCAAUAGCGGACAGUCGAAGUUGGAUGUGUUCAAACAUUUUACACAAUCUAUUCAAGAUUUAGAUAUUUGGCAGUUGGAAUUUCAUAGCAGUUUGCCAAACACAGUGGAACAUUGGUCGACCAUAGAACAGCAGUCCACCUCCGUAGUGGAGAGUGCUAUCCAGUUCAGCAUGGAUACCGGUCAAACUUGCGUCCAUUCAAUUCAUGAGGGGGCGAAGCAGGUUUUGAGCAAUGACGCAUGUCUCUUUACCAAUGAUGAGGUGAGGUAUCAGAUUCACAGGGCCAAUCAAAUUCUGCAGAAUGCAAAGUCCAAAUAUAGAAAACUUGCAUUCAAGUCGGAAAAACAGCAGGAAUCGUUGAAAGAGACUUCGGCUGAGGUAACCCAGUUCCUAGCAGCACUUGAGCACUGGAAGACUAUGAUAGCAGAACUACGAAGUAACUUGCCUGCUUCUAUGUUUAAAUGCAGAACACUCAGUGAAUACAGAGACACAGAAGUAGACAAAUGGUUGUUGUUGGUUGGCGAUUUGAAAUCAGAGGGAACUAAGUGGCUUGGUAUCAUGGAUGAUCGAUUUUCCGUGUGGUUAGAAAAGGGUGCAAUUUCCAAGUCACAAGUCGAUAGUGCAAAAAGUUAUUUGAGGGAUGGAAUGCUGACUACUUCGGCAUAUGGCGCAGAACUGAUGAGUCUAAAAUCGAACUUGACAGAGGCCUCGAAUUAUCUUAUGGAAGCAAAAACUUGGAUACAGUUGACCACAGAACAGUUCCGAAAUGUGUGCUCUGGACGAGUCCCUGUGCGUCUUCCUACCUACAUCCGUGACCACUCGAGAGCGAUCGUUAUGCAAUCUACUCAAUCGACGUGGUCCGCCUUAUGCGAUCGUCCGUCCCUCAGCCAUUCCAGUCUGGAAAGACAGCAACCAAUCCGUACUUUCGAAGUGACAGAUCUCGUCCAAACUUACAGGCAUCGUAUUGACUUGAUGGAACAAAUGAUGAGGGCAGUGCAUACUGAUGGAGCGAGAAUUGUGGAGGACCUAUGUUCGUCAGCUGAUCAACUGAGGACUACGCUUGAAGCAUUGCAAAUCGACGCUGCCCCACUCUCCAUCCCAGUGGAGGAUGUUCGUGAUCAAAUUGCACAACUGGAAUCAACUAGUUCUAAUGAGCUAAAGAUGUUGGAGUUCAUAAUGAAUUUGGCUAUGGAAUUUCAGGCUGGCAUUUUGAAAUGGGAAGGAUGGUGUAGCACCAUAUCACAAAAGCUUAACGAACUAGUCCAGUGCAAUAUCAUGGUUUCGCCAGAUACGUCCUCGGAAAAUCUUGCAAAGGAAUCUGAACUACUGGGUUCAGCGGACGUCAUGAGACCCAUUUCAAGAAUCUUGCAAGGAUAUCAGAACCUGCAGAACGAAGUUAUUGCAUUGCAAUCUGAGCUGAAAUCUCUGGAACAGCUCAGUAGUGAUCUUCAAGAGCGCUGCAACCAAUUUUGUCCCAAGACCACGUAUAAUGAAAUAAAAGGCCAUUAUGAAAACUUUUGCAAGGCUCUAGCAGAGGUAGCACCGAAACUACAGUCGCUGCAAGCAGAGGAGUUAGAGUUCAACCAGAACUUGCAUACACUACAACAGUGGCUUGAUGAACAAGGAUCUAACCAACAAAAUCUGCACGAUGUGGUGGCCGACCCAAGAGAAUCAGACCGUGUUCUACAAAUAACCAAAAAUAUUUCCGAAGAACUGAACAGCAACCAAUCAAAAUUACUGGAACUGAGCGACAAUGCCGACCGAUUAUGUCGUGCUUCUUCAAGCGUGGCUUUGGCGAUGACCAAUUUGCUGGUCUUGCAUCCAGUCUUGACUGCGUCUAGUGAAGGCACAGUCGAACGCGCGGCGCAUCGUGUGGAGCCAGUGAGAACAGAAACGGUAGGGAACAGAGCGAGGAGAAAAGUUGAGCGUCUGAGGAAGAAGUGGAAACUCCUCACCCAAAGCGUGGCAAAUUUGACAGAUUUGUCGAGUAACAUCAGGGCGCAGCAGAUGCAAUAUGAUGAGCUGAACGAUCGAUUACGGUUCUGGCUUCAAAAGUGUGAGAGCAGACUGGAGCAGCUUCAGUCCGGCUUGAUUGUCACUCCCAUCUCCGAAAGAUCUACAAGAAAUGGCCGUCAGGGGUCGGAUACUCACGAAUCGCUUUGGAUGCAAUAUGUUGAGGAACAUCAGAAAUUACUGACAGAGUUCGAACAAAAGUCGGCAGAAUUCCAGAAAAUCAAAACCUUGAAUGCAGAGACAGUGCCUUUAUCUAGGAGGAGAGACGGAACGGAUCUUUGGGACACAUUUGUCAACCUUCGCAGUCUUAUCGAGCGGAGAACUCGAUGUCUUCUGAAGGUGCAAGACAACUUAAUGGCGACGUUGCAUGCACUACAACAGGCUGAGCGGUGGAUUGUCAUAAAGAACCAUGAGUUAACUUCUCUAUCAACAACGACCGGUGAUGGAGUCACGACGCACGAAGCGAACGAUAGUGACAUCUUUGGGAAGUCCAAAGUAGACAGUUUUGCACAACCCGAGAUGAUUCUACGGACCAUCGAAAUGCAAGGAGGCCAUCAUAGGCGAAGAGUUCACGAAGCCCUGCGAUCACUGGUCUGUCACUCCAUGGUCGAGGAUAGUCAACAGGGAAGUGACAGCCUGCUUCUCGAUAUGCAAAGUGAAUCCAAUGAAGACAAUUUCCUUGAUGACAUGCAUAGAGCUGUCCAGAGAAGAGGAAGAUACCUUGGCAACAUACUAAUGGACGUCAUUCACAGAACACAAGAAUUUGAGCUCAGUUACUCUAACCUGUGUACAGAGGCUCAGAAGUUGAAGGAAAGCAUCACCAACCGCGCGGGUCAUUGGAAGUCGUACAUGGAGCUUCUUAGCACAGUUGCUCUCUAUUUGACCACCGAACUUCCAAGAUGGUGGACACAAGUCAGCGUCAAGUCGGACGUUGCUCACUCGACAUUUACAAUGAACACGAACAUCAAUCGAACUCCCAUCCCAACUCUGAAAGGACGGCUGGAACGUUUUUCUUUUGAGACAUCUGAACAUCAUCUACGUGUGGCGGCCGAUAGCCUCAUGGAUGUACAACAGCAGCAGACCAGCAUUUCAGCAAUGGAAUCCCAAUUAGGCACUUUCAGGCACAAUUUGAUAACUGCAGCCACUAGAGCAGGAGCUGCCAUUCCGGACAUGAGUGAAACUUCUUUCGGAAGUAUAGAUGUUCCAGUGCAAUUCGAAGAUCUUCAGAGAACACCUACAAACCAACUGGCUCAGACGGUUCACACUGCAAUCACUCGUGAGCUUCGGAAGUUUCAAGAUCGACGCGAACGACUUCGGGAAUUGUGUGCAUUGUGGGAACGAUACACUUGGGAGAGAGAUCACUUUGUCCACUGGCUCAAAGAAAGACAAGCUGUUUCAAAGAAUCUCCUAGAAACGCGGAGGCAUUCUACCACUCCAGAAAAUGAAGAAAAACGGGCUUUGGAGGAUUUCGUGUUAACACUGCGCGACAGAGAAAAACAAUUAUUAACCAUAGCAGAGAACCAUCGGGAACUUACAAAGCACAAUCCGAAUGCGAAUGAUCCCAUUUUGGAGAGGACGAGGGCAGAGUUCGAACUGUUGCUCACACGCUCAGAGACACGGCUGAGAUGUGUGAAGUCAGAAGAGAAGAAUGAACGGAGUACUGGUGGGGUCGGGAAGCGACGUAUACCUCUCUCAACUGAUGACGUUGAGGCCUUGCUUCGUCAGUCAGAAAGCACAGUACGACACACCCGCCUAUUAAAUCAGCUGGCCAAAUCCGUACGAAAAAUUAAUCAAGAACUGUCCAUUCAAGAGGGUGAAGAUCAAAAAAGUCUUUCAGCUUUAAUGAAUAUAAACAGAUCCGUCCGCGCAACUAAUCGACCCACAUCCUGCGUCCCAUGGCCAACUCAGCUUGAGUCCAUCAGACGCAACUACCGUUCGUUAUACCCGCCUACUGCAAUGGAAGUUAAGCCCAGAUGUCAUCGCUCGCUUACCCCAUUCGCCAUGUUAUCCAGUAACGCAGGAGUCCAGAGCAAGCGAGUGCGGUGCUGGUCCGAUCGAAAAUUAAUCCCCAGUAGUGUGCCUUCCCCACUUAUGAGUCGUCAACAUCCUCUCACUCACGGCACCUAUGGGAGGUUGGUUUCCUCCCCUCAAGUAAACCUUCCAAUGAGGAGGUGCACCUCUACUGACCCCAAACAGGUUGUAAGAAACGAAUUUACUUGGAAGCACUCUUACGAAGGUGUCCAACCCAACUCGAGUGUGACUGAAAUGUCCGUGUGUACUCGGUCCGCUUCGGCUGCUGGGAAUUUCCACUGCGCCUUCAAACCAAGCCCGCGGAAACGACUAUUCAUGGAAUAUCAAAGGAACAAUAAAACAUGUUUCUGGGAUCUUCCAUCUUCCAACGAUCAUGAUUUCCUACCGAAACCAGAUGACGAAAUAUGUAAUUUUUCGUCUAACUCAAGAGUGAUUUUAUUUUUAUUUUCCACGCUUCAACAACCAAAACCCAUCCCUAAGUUCACUUUUUGCAUACAGAUUCCGAAGAUGCAUCCUGUGAAGCGUCGCCAUUCUUACAAUGCAUCCGGGGCCCUUCAACAAAACUGA